AUGCCGGUUGUGAUGUACGAACAGCGUCGAACCAAAGUCACAAUCGACAACGCCAGUUUGGGAGUGGACCCGAAUCAGAGCGCCCCAAAGGCGUGUCGAGCUGCCGACGCUGUCGUUUCGACCAUCGUCGUCACCAAGCCUGUAGCCUCCACUACCGGUCACGGCGGCAAGCGCCUCACCAUCGAAUGGAACGACGACGGCAAGUCUCCUACCCGUCGCGACUGGGGCCGUGUCAACAUCUUCCUCGCCACCGGCUCGCGCGAUGUGCAGUUCAAGCUGCAAACCCUCGACACCAAUGUCUCGUACAACGCUGGUGGAGGUCAAUACCAGAUCAGCCCCACCGUCGGUCCCACCGGAGGCUACUACUUCCUCCGAUUCGAGGGCACUAACACCACCACCAACAGCGUCCCCGCCAUGGCAUUCUCUGCUCGAUUCCGUCUCGAGGACAUGACGGGCAACUUUAACUCGACCAUCAUGUCGACCAUCCAGGGUACUUCAGGUACCGGACAGUUGACCGCUGCCGCUGCUUCCUCGACCGCUUCUUCGCCCAGCUUCUUCGGCAUGUCGACUUCGAGCGCGAGCGCCGCAGCUUCAUCUUUGACUGCCUCAGCGUCUGGGAGUGCGCUUUCGUCGCAAUCGACCAGCGUCAAGUCGUCUUCGGCUGCUGCACCGGCUGCUGGAAAGAUGGCUGGUUACGUGAGCGCGCUGGUCGGCUUCGCUGCUGUAGGCGCUGCUUUCCUCUAG